GAAAUAAACUCAUACUUUGAAUUCUAGUACUUUUAAAACAAAUAAUUCGUGCCGCCACUAUGUUUUCAUAUUAUAGAAAACUUAUCUUCGAUGAAUAAAAAUUGGGUUGGUCAUAUUAAAGAUUAGUACGAUAAUGGUCUCAGUGCGCAUUUGCUUGUCUAAUUCAAACAUAUAGUAUCCUGUAUAGUAUAUCACGAAAGAUGAAUAUAUAAUCUCAUAUAUAAAAUCAUAUAGUAUUGAAUAAAUACGAUAUUAUCCAGAAAAUGUUUUUCUUUAUUUAUUGAAAAUGGCUCAAUAUACAGCAAAUGUUACAUAUUGCAUUGUGACCAAAGGAUGGUUUACUAAGUUUUUUAGGAUUUUGAAUGAGGUUUGAAGCAAAUAAAUUAAUUUUGAGGAUCUAAAAGUCAAUCAUGAUAAUAAUUGAAAAUGUUUUUAAUCAUGUUUUCUAGAAAUAGAAAAGUCAUGGUGAUGGAGUCAUGAAUAUAGAUAGAUAAAAGGACAACAACAUAAAUAGUUUACAGAAAUAUAUUAUUUGUUUCUGUUACUCACGGAUACAUUCUUUUUCCAAGCAGAGAGAAGAAGGAAGUAAAAGAGAAGUGGCGUGUUGUUUUCUCCAAAACUCAACCCCUCUUCUUAUCUUCUUCAGUUCUUCUCCUCUUCAAAUCUCAGUCUUAUACAAAGCCAUAGAUACAUAGGUCAAACUCAGUCUAUAUUGCUCAUAUCCAAUCGUUUCAAAGGAUUUUGGUUGUUGUACGUGUGUGUUUGGAACUUUGGAUGGUGAUGAAGGGAAUGCGUGUUGGGAAAUACGAGCUUGGGGAAACGCUUGGUGAAGGGAACUCUGCAAAAGUCAAACUCGCUACAGAUACUGUUUCUGGCCAAUCGUUUGCCGUCAAAAUCAUCGACAAGUCUCGUACCAGUCGCCUCAACGUCCCUUUUCAGAUUAAGAGAGAGAUACGUACACUCAAAAUCUUGAAGCAUCCAAACAUUGUUAGAUUACAUGAGGUAUUGGCUAGCAAAACCAAGAUUUACAUGGUCCUUGAAUGUGUCAGUGGAGGAGACCUAUUUGACAGAAUUGUCACUAAUGGAAAGCUUUCGGAGACUGAAGGAAGAAAAAUGUUUCAGCAGUUGAUUGAUGGAAUAAACUAUUGUCAUAAAAAGGGUAUUUUCCACAGGGAUCUCAAGCUAGAGAAUGUUCUUCUUGAUGCAAAUGGGCACAUUAAGAUCACUGAUUUUGGCCUUAGUGCUAUGUCUCAGCAUUUUAAGGAAGCUGAAUUGCUACAUACAACCUGUGGUAGUCCAAAUUACGUCGCGCCUGAGGUUCUAGCUAACAAGGGCUAUGAUGGUGCAGCAUCAGAUAUAUGGUCGUGUGGAGUAAUCUUGUAUGUUAUUCUUACUGGCUGUCUCCCUUUUGAUGAUACAAACCUCGCCGUUCUUUGCCGGAAGAUAUCCAAAGGCGACCCUCCAAUACCUAGAUGGUUAUCACCGGGUGCUAAAACCAUGAUCAAGAGAAUGCUCGAUCCAAAUCCAGUCACAAGGAUGACAGUCACAUGUAUUAUGGCUAAUGAUUGGUUCAGACACGACUACGGCCCAUGUGAUGAUGAAGAUUAUUCAUCCUCAACAGAAGAUGUAGCAGAAGAAGAGAGAAGCCAUUAUUCACCAACCGUCAUCAACGCCUUUCAGCUGAUUGGAAUGUCACCGUUUCUAGACCUCUCCGGUUUGUUUGAAACAGAGACAGUAUCAGAGAGGCAGAUAAGAUUCAUGUCAAAUAGGUUAGCCAAUGAUGUUUUGGAAAAAAUCAAAACAAUCCUUAUGGCGAUGGGUUUCUACGUACAGAAGAAACACAUAAUGUUAAAAGCAAUCCGAGAAGAGAGUACCCAAAAAGGGCAAGGCGGGUUAUCAUUAACAGCAGAGGUAUUCGAGAUAAUCCCAUCACUAAAUGUGAUUGAACUAAGAAAAUCAUAUGGCGACCCAACUCUAUAUAAACAGCUGUGCGAGAGAUUACUAAACGAAUUGGACGCAUCAUCCCAAAUAUAAAAGCCGAAACAAACAUUGUGAUAGAGGAUUUAUGUAAAAGAAAAAUUAAUUAAAAAGAGAUUUAUUUGAAUAAGCUUGGUACAGCCAAAAAGAAAGAGUCACGCAUAAGAUUUGAUGAGUUCACGUGAAUAACAGUAACUAAGCUUGGAU